AUGACCAUCAUUUUCUUUUCAGAUAUCUCCCCUUCACAGGUCAAGUUCUAUGUAACUGAGGCCUCACUCAUGCAGUUCAACCUCACCAACAACACCACCUUAUAUUACAACUUCAAGGUCAACAUCACAGUGAGAAACCCCAACAAACACAUCAUAGUGUACUACAGAGUGAUCAGAGCAAUUGCUUGGUAUAAAGAUAAUGACUUUGCUUAUGUGAGCUUGACACCCUUUGACCAAGGCCACAAGAACACUAGCUUCCUUCAGCCUGUAGUGUUUGAAGGACACACUCUGAUUAAUCUCACAACUUGCCAACUUGGUGAGUAUAUUGAGGAGACACGUGCUGGGAUUUACAACUUGGCUGUAAAUUUGGAUCUUACAAUGAGAAUGAAGUUUGGAUGGUACAAGAGGAGUCGUUUUAAUCCACCAAUUGUGCAGUGUUCUUUGAUAGUUCCUUUGAUUUCCAAUGGUAAAUCAGCAACUCCUUUCAAUUUCUCUAGUUCUAAGAUGUUCUAUUUUUGCAUGAAUAGCCACCCUGAUUGGUAA